AUGAAUUAUCAAAACUGUGAACAAUAUCGUAUAUUUAAUAAUGAUAUACUAUUAUUUGAUAAUGCAACUUCAGCAAGAACAAGUCUAAAUACCAUAUCAAAUUAUGCUAAAAAUAUACUUGCUAAACUUUCUUUAAUGCGUGAUAAAGUUGAACUAUGUGAUUUUCGUAUUGAUAUUAAUAAUAAACAAUUUUUAUGUCAUAAAUUUUUACUAAUAGCAACAUCAGAUUAUUUUAAAGCUAUGUUUAAUGGUAAUAUGAAUGAAAGUCAAUCAAAUCAUGUUGAAUUAAAAGGUUUUGAAAAUUCAUCUCAUGGUGUUGAAUCAAUGAUUAACUUUUGUUAUUCGGGUUCACUUCAAAUAACAUUUGAUAAUAUUGAUCAAUUAUUAAAUGCAGCAACACAUUUACAAAUAAAACAUGCUAUUGAUUUAUGCUCACAAUUUCUUAUUGAAUCAUGCUCAAUAAAUAAUUGUAUUGAUAUAUAUAAAAUAGCUGAUUUUUAUUCAUUAACAAAUGUCUUAGAUAUAGUACAUUUAUUUAUAUCAAAAAAUUUCCUUUCACUUAUGUUUCAUGCACCUGAACAAUUUGAACAAUUAACAUAUGAACAAAUAUAUCAAGAAUUAUCAUGUGAUACAUUAGAAAUGAAUACAUAUAAUGAAUAUGAUUUAUUUGUUAUGGCAUGUACAUGGAUUGAAGCAAAUCGUAUUGAAAGAGAAAAAUAUGCUAUUGACUUACUUAAACUUAUUCGUUUUAUGUUAAUGACACCUGAACAGUUAUGUGAUCAUGUACGUAAGCAUGAACUUAUUAACAUAAAUGAACAAUCAAGAAAAUUAGUUGAAGAUGCACUAUGUUAUUAUGCAUCACCUAAUCGACAACCUUUAUUGAACAAUAUACAGUGUCAGAUAAGAAAUGAACCAAUCUUAGUUGCUAUUGGAGAAAUAGAAUUAUUUACAUUGAAUACAACAUUAGAUAGAUGGGAAACACUUUGUCAAGCACCAUUAGAAGAAAAUUAUCCGUAUCCAUUUAGUGCCAUAACAGUCAAUAAUUAUUUAUAUGUAUUGGGUACACGUCGAUCAUCAUCAGAAGAAUAUAAAUCAUGUUAUCGUUUUUCCGCACGUACAUGUGAAUGGACUAAAUUACAAAAUCUAUUGCAUGAUCGAUCACGUUUUGCUGCUGUUCAUAUAGAUAAAUAUAUUUAUAUUAUGGGUGGCUUUGAAGGAUUUAAACGAACGACACGUAUUUAUGUCAAUACAAUCGAACGAUAUUCUAUUGAAAAUGAUCAGUGGGAAUCAUUUUCAGCAGAUGGCCCACAACUUUCAUCACUUGCCGCAUGUACAUAUAAUAAUUCAAUUUAUUUAGGUGGUGGAAAAAAUGGACAAUGGUCAAAAAUUGCUGAUUUUUAUUGCUUUUCAAUCGAUAAACGUCAAUUAGAACGACGUGCAUCAAUGUUAAAUGCUCGUACAACACACGCAUUUCAUAUAUUUGAUGACAAAAUUCUUGCUAUCGGAGGUUUUGAUGAUGAUGGUAAUGGUAUGUUAUCAAUUGAAAGUUAUGAUAUUCACUUUGAUCAAUGGACCAUAUUAACAUCAAUACCUGGUGCUAUAUCAAAAACAUGGCCACAAUCACUUGGUACUGUUAAUCGACGCAUUUAUAUAUCCGUUUUUCAUACUUCAAAUUCUUUUAUUGUGAUGCAAGAAGGAUAUUUUUUUGAUUUGGAUACACAACAAUGGAUAAAAGCUCCUGUUGUACAUGAACGUGCCCGAUAUUGUCCAACAGUUCAACUUCGAUUUCCAAAAAAAUGUCUUAAAUCUAUGCAAACAAACAGUAUUUCAUCAUUAGUAUCGGCUCCUAAUAAUAUUUUAUUGAUGAAUUCUUGA